CGCACAUAGAGCAGAUUCCGGAUGCAGGGAAACAGGCUCGCUUCAAGCAGUGUCUCCGUCGGUUCCGGACUUCCACCGAUCGCGGUCGGGCAGUACUCGACGCUUCACUGAGUCCUGAGAGGGGAGUGCUCAAUCCUCUGGUCGACUUGGCUGCGCAGUUCCCCAAGAACGCAAUGCAGCGUGGAGGAAACAAUGACGGGUGAGAUCCUGCCCUUUCCCAGAGCGCACCCGGGCACUCCAGACUUGCUCCUUUUCCGCUGCUAGAUCUUCCCGCUCCUAGAGUCAUCAUGGAGGACACCGGCGCCGUUUUUUCAACGACGCUUUAUCCGCCUCCUCAUUCGGAUCGCACUCCUGCGCUGCCUUCUUCCGCCCUUUCUUCUUCUCUUCAACUGGAUACGCCAGGCACGCCUCCUGGCGAUGCCUCUCGUCUCUCUUCGGGGCCGUCUCGGAUCUCUUCUUCUUCUGCUUCGCUCCCACUCUCUUCUUCGACUUUCCUACCUGCUUCAUCUUCAAAGCCUUCUUCUUCCUCUUCUCCUGCUUCCUCUUCUUCCUCCUCUUCUUCCUCUCCCCCUUCUUCUUCCUCUUUUUUUUCUUCUGCCUUAGCUCAGCAGGUUCGUCGUGCUGCGGCGCCUCAGCAGUUGGGGCGGCAUCGCAUUGCGCAGCUUCUUCUCUUGCUUCUCUCUCGCUCGUCUCUUCAGCAACCGUCCUUCUUCGAGGUCCUGGCGCAGCAGAAGCUUCUGGAAGGUCUGCUGUCUGCGCUCCAGCACUGCGUCGACGUUCUUCGCGACCAGCUGGAGAGCGACGAACUUCUCGGCCAACAGGCAGAGGUCCGAAGGCAGAGCGACGACGAAAGAGACGGGGGCUCAGGCAGACACGCAGGAGCCGGAGAGAGAAGAGAGAAAGCAGGGAGAAGAAAGAAGGGGGAGAGAAGAGAGAAGGGAGGGGAGCAGAAGCAGGGCACAGAGCGCGGGAAGAAGGGUCAAGUGGCAAGAGGUUCUGCGUCGUUUGUGGCGGGUAUUGGAGAGAGCGUUGCAUGCAGUUGGCUCGGACGGUGCUGGGGGAACAGAGAGAAGCGGCUUCUCGGUAACGCAGUUGCGUUUUUAAAACAUGCUCGAGAUCAAGUGACCUCGCGUCGAGUGUGUCUGUGGAUGCUCCGACACUGGGAGAUUUUCUUCGGCGUCUUUCUCGCGGGCGUUGAGUGGCAGAGUCUCGUCACGUCUUCUGCCUCGUUUGCGGAACGCUUUUACGGACUUCAGCGUCUCGAUAAAUCUUUUCUUUCUCUCGCAUCUUUGCCGUUCGCGCUGGCCGCUCCUGUGCCUGCCUCGGAAGUGUCAAGAGACCCUCACGGGCUCCGCGGAGACGCCUUGGUCGGGGAGAAAUCUCAGAUCAACGCGCAGCUUGCCAGGCCGCUUUCUGAGGAAACAGAGAAGGAACGGGAUGCAGUCAUCAAGGCGUUGCUCGCAUGUUUGGAGAGAGGCGGGCGGACGCAUGCGGGUGGCCUAGGACUGCGGCGAAGGCAAAUCCUACUGAGUCUGGCUUUUCUUCUCUUGCCUCUGCUCCGCCGUGAGAUCCACGCCGCCUACCUGCGGAGUGUACGUACCCUCGACAGUCCAGCGUCAUCGACUCUGGACGAGUUCUUCUCUGAUGACUCGCUACAGGACGAGGAAGAAGCAGAGGAGCAGAGACGCGAGGAGGAAGAGCGAAAAAGAACUGGAGAUAGCCGAGAGAGUCACUUGCCUCUAUCGUGUUCCAUCUCAUCUUCUUGCUCUUCGUCGCAGGUGGCUGCUGAGCGCGCUCGAAUUCUUUACAGCCGUUUCGUCUCCCUUUUUUCGCGGGCUCUGAACGCUGUCUGGCGCUUUCUGCGCUCCAGGCUGCGAAGGAUGCUUUUCUUCCUCCACCGUCUUUGGCGUCUCCGCCGUCGCCUGUUUGUGCGUCUGUACUCUCCCGCCUGCGGUCUACAUAGCUUGGUGUGUUUUGUGUACAUGCUUCUCUACCUCGCGGACGCCACGAAGUUCCCCUACUGGUCACCCUACAUGCACAUUCUGGGUCUCAUUUACAUUCGUUCUCCCCCUCCCUCCUCGCCGUUCUCACCCUUCUUUCCUCUCUUUCCCCAGACCUCCGCGGCUCCGCAGGGAGGUGCCCAGGCGGCUGCUGCGGUGUCGAGACACCGCGCCGCGCUGAGAGGUCGCUGUCUCGAGCUCCUUGUAAACACAGGCGCUCGCGUUUCCAAGCUUUCUCUCACGGCGCUCGUCCUCGCGCUGCGCCUACUCGAGUGGUGGCGAGACUACGAAGCCGCUGCAGCCGCUGCGAGUCGGCCAGAUGAAUUUUCGUUCGCUGGUCUCGGCGCAUCCUCUCGUGGAGACAGAUACACUGGAGAGAAGGACCCGGACGACAUCCCCGCGCCUCUCUCGCCUCUCCCUGAUGACGGAGAAGAGAACGGCUACUGUGUCCCUCUACCCCAGGAUGACCGCAUUUGCCCGCUCUGUCACAGGCCCCGCACAAAUGCGGCGUGUCUCCCGACCGGCUACGUUUUUUGCUAUCGUUGUCUUGUAAAUUUCGUCCGGACUCACAAUCGCUGUCCAGUGUCUGGACGCCGAGCGAGCGAGAAGCACAUUCGCAGGCUGUACGAAGUGUGACAGAACUGGGAGAGUGACGCUCGAAGAAAGACCUUUUCACAAGAACCGAGCUGGUUUCCGGAAAGACGCGGGAGUCCACCGCAGAGACACGGACGGGAAGGACACAAAUGAGGUAAAAAGAAGAGGAGAAAGAGUAGACCGGGAGAGAACCGCAAAUCGCUGAGAUUUCGAAGUGGUGGUUUUGGACGCGUUACUGUCUUUCAAAAAUUCGACCAAAAUCGUCAAGUGGCUAGGUGCCCAUGUCGCGACUCUCACUACUACACGAACAGUAGAGCUAUGGGCUGUCCUUCGUUUCGCUGUGGGGGGAGAACGGCGGAUACAAAAUGAACGAGAGAGCCUGAGGCGCAUCGACGGACAGACCGCGGGCUGUUUCGCAGAGAAGUGGGUGCCAGUGCUACAGAAGAAAAUAGAGCCGCCGGCUUUUUUUUGCCAGCGGAAGCUUCCAGUUUGCGGAGCUCUGCCGCCGUGCUUGCGGCGUUCGCUCAAGAGUUUUUGGCCUGUACUUCGUGAGACUUAAGGCCAGACCUUUGUAUACAAGCAGCGAUACAUCGCUGUGUUUACGGCGGAGAGGAACUCUCUGGACUAAUCCAGGAGAUUGUUUGUACCGUCCUUCAACCCGUCAAUGCCGUGGCACGCCUGUUCCCCGAGAGUGCAACUUCGAGCUUCCUCUAAAAUUUACCGUUUUUGUUAGACUGCUGGUUUAGGUCUUCAAUGCGUCUCUUUACCGGAUCCAAGUCCUAUGUGUCUUUCACAACCGUAACGUCAAGUGCACUUUCACCAGAAUCCGGUGGCAAACGUAUCCGAGGAAAGCGAUCGCUGUGGUAGGUAGAAAUAAAACCGAAGCAGACAUUUUAGCGCUAGUUAAAUAACUCUAACUCCUGUCCGGCGGGACAGGCCUUUUCCCGAGGGGUU